AUGUGUACUAUUGGACUGUCGAAAUCAAACAGCAAAACACCCAAGAAAGCGUCCUUCAGUGUUGAAAAUAUAUUGUCGUGUAGUUCAUUUUCUCACAGCGAUCCUUCUCAAAAAAUUCCUAAACCAUCGCCGGUGAACCCGCUUGUUACAACUUCCGUAGUUACGAUCCCAUCUAUUUCACGAGUUUCGCAAUCUGAGACAUCGAGUUCCGGGUAUUCGUUAGCAACUGAUCCAACUGGAAUGUUUCUGCUGCCUACUUAUAUUCAUUCUAUACCUAGUGGUACUUCCGCAGAUAAUUGUCCCGGCUCAACAACUGAUUCGUUCCUCGCACAUUACCCUUGGCAAGCAACUUCGUCAGAACAAUCUUCCUCUCCUCCUGAACACAAAAGUUUAGCGGCAAUGGGCAUAACCAAAUGCUUAUUACGGAAGCAUAAGAAUAACCGUAAACCUAGGACACCAUUUAGCACACAACAGCUGCUGUCACUAGAACGAAAAUUUCAACAGAAGCAAUAUUUAUCAAUUGCUGAACGAGCAGAAUUCAGCGCAUCCUUGCAGCUUACCGAAACACAGGUCAAAAUAUGGUUUCAGGUAAAUAUCUUCCAUCCGUAUCCUCAUCUCUCAUACGUCCAUCCAAUUUAA